AGCGGCGAACUAGUGUAUUUCGGUGCCGUGCACGCAGGCUUGUUUUGUGGAUUUGCAGGGAGGAGAUUCCAAUUAUGUAGAAAAGUAUUGGUUCACACUGUGUGAGUAGAGCUUGUAGCCAUGGGCAUGGAGUCAGUGGGAGGCAUUGUCAUUGAGGUAGAGAAACGUGAUUCUGGCUGGCGCGCUGAAGUUGUUGCGAUGCAGAGCGAAGAAGAAGACGAAGAAGCAAGUCUCGGGGAUUGUGGAGUGUUUAAGGGACCAUACUUGGGCGAUGUAUCAGCACUUUGCUUUCUCUCCACUCCUUCAUUGCCAUAUCUUGUUGCAGGUACUGGCCCGCAGAUACUUUUAUAUGACUUGGCGACAGGGUAUCUUCUCCUUUCUCAACAUGUUUUUGAUGGUGUCCGAGUGCACGGAAUUCAUGUUCGUCGUGAUCAUCCUGCUGACCACCCUGAAUCAAACAAUCUAGCAACCAUAGCUGUACACGGUGAAGGUAGAGUGAAGAUUUUGAAGCUUCAGGGCGGUUAUAAAAAAAAAGCAGCAGACUUCAGUCUUUGCAUCGAGCAGUCGUUACCUCGUUUCUUUCAGUGGGUCCUUGACGUCAAAUUUUUGCAGGAGGAGUCAUCCUUGACGGGAGGGGAAAGACAGGACCUAGUUGCAGUUGGUUUGAGUGACAAUUCCGUCUCGAUUUGGAACUUACAAAAAUGUUCUGUAGUUCUACGCGUCGAAUGCUCCGAAAGGUGCUUAUUGUAUUCACUUAGGCUUUGGGGCUCCUCCAUUGAAUCACUCUGUGUAGCUGCUGGCACUAUUUUCAACAAGGUACUUAUUUGGGAUGCGAAAUGUUGGAACAAGGAAGAUAAGCAACAGAAGUGUCUUGAUUUGUUUCGGAAUAUUAACAAUGCAGGGAACAACACAGUUCCACUUGCAUGGACUGCUGAACCUUUACAAGAGCUUUUGGGGCAUGAAGGAUCCAUCCAUCGAAUAUCUUGGUCUGAAGAUGGGCUUUGUUUUGCUUCAGCUUCUGAUGAUCGCAGUGCGCGGAUAUGGUCAAGACCAGCUACAGACACAUUAUUGUUCACAUCUGGUCCAGUGCUGUAUGGGCAUGGAGCGCGAUUAUGGGACUGCCAGAUUGCAGAUAAUCUGCUGAUAACAGCCAGUGAAGAUUGUACUAGUCGUAUCUGGACUCGGCAAGGUCAUCAUUUAGCCACAUUGACUGGUCACACAGGUCGAGGAAUAUGGCGCUGCGAGUACAAUCACGAGUCAGAAAUACUUGUGACAGCAGGAGCAGAUUCUGCGAUCAAAGUCCAGUCACUUGCCAAGUGGAACCAUGAGGCUCUGGUUUACGUACGAGGAGGAGCCCCUAACAAUCUGCGGUCUCUACCACAGGCCUCAGUAUCAAAGCUUGAAAUAUUCCGUAUCUCCCUGAUUGGGCCUAACGUUCUCGGUGAAGGCUCCUCUACUUCUAUGGACAGCAACAGUGAAUAUGUGCGAUGCUUGCAUCUUGCUGGUCCUGCAACACUCUACAUUGCGACAAAUCAAGGCCAUGCAUACCAUGUAGCCUUAUUGGAUAGCGCCAAACAAGAUUGGACAGAGAUUACACAUGGGGAAAUCUCGGGUCCAAUUGUGUGCAUGGAUCUUUUAGUUGAUGGGGCUGCUGUUGUCGGACGUGCUCCCAAUGAAGAUAAGAAGGAUGCGAUGGUGGCAUUCGGUAAUGGUUCAGGCAUUGCCACUGCUAUAGGAGUUCGAAUUCUUGGAAAUAAGCCAACUGUGAUUUGGCAAUGCAAAUGGUUGGCAGAUCGAGAGAGACAGCUUCUUGGAGUAUUUUGGUGCAAAUCAUUAGGAAGAAGGUUUGCAUUUACCACUGAUCCAAGGGGACUUGUACGAGUGUGGCUUUUGGAGCGAUGUUUAGAGGUUCAGGCUUCAGCUGAAGGGCAGGAUUCUCAGAUUCAAGCUCUGCUAAUUGCAAACUAUCAAUCAUCUUUGCAAGCUCGAAUCGUCUGCUUAGAUGUUUGCCCCUUAGCUGAGUUACUCGUAUGUGGGGAUCAACGAGGAAACUUAGUAUUAUUCAAUUUUCCCAAAACUUUUCUUCAAAGCCAUACUCGAGAGGGCUUGGGAGCACCAUUGCAGCUUCAGAGUGUUGGCGUUUUCAAGGGAGCUCAUGGAAUAUCUCCAGUGGCUAGUGUUUAUGUGGCAUCAUCAAUCAACAGCAAGGACGCAGUAAUAACCUCAACAGGGAGGGAUGGCUGUAUAUGCAAGUUUCUCGUUGAUACUGUUACCAUCAAAGACAAUGGAGAAUCAACUAGCCAAAGUUUUGCAUGCACUGGGGUAGAAGAUGUUUCUGCUAUCACAGUAGUGGAGUCUGUGGAACGUCGUCAAGAUCAGAGGAAGUGCAAUCGGCGCUUGGCAGCUGGCUUUAUUGCUAGUAAUUUUAUUUUGUGGGAUCUGACUCAACAAUCGGAGCUUAUGCGAGUGGCUUGUGGAGGUUGGCGACGGCCGCAUUCAUAUGUGGUGGGGGAUAUCCCUGAGCAUCAGUGUUGUUUCGCAUUUUUGAAGGAUCACAUCAUACAUGUGCAUAGAAAUUGGGCUAAUGUGCCACUGCUCCCUGAUUCCAUGGAUAUCACAAAGGACGACAAUCCCAACUCAAUUCAAAAGCUAAUAAGUCAGUUGCCUCAAUCUUUGCAUGGACAAUUUCAUGGCAGAGAGAUACAUUCGGUCCAAUUUGUACCAGCUGGAAAUACUUCAAUGUCCAGUGACCAGCAUCUUCGGAAGUGGAUAGCUACGGGUUCAGAGGAUGGUGCUGUCCGAAUCUCAAGAUAUGAUGCAGGGAUGGUAACGAAUCUUGAGUCUUUUCUAAUGCUCGGUGAACAUACUGGAGGCUCAGCUGUGAGAGCCCUUACGCUGGUGCAAGGAGCUCAAACUUACGUGCAUUAUGAACCUCCAUCCAUUCGUAAUCUUGACGUUAGUAUGAAAGAUCCAAUAUUGCUUUUAUCUGUCGGUGCCAAGGAGGUGCUUACUUGCUGGCUUUUGGAGUGGAAACAAGAACCCAACUCUGGGAGUGCUUCUGUUGACGAAGUAGAAAUGAUUGGUACAGUUUCUGAAGACGAUGUGCAACAAAAUUUAGUAACUGAGGUUCUUUCCUCAAGGUGGCUAUGCUCUUAUUCCCCUCCUCGUACUUUCAAACUGCGAAGAAAGGAGAAAACUGCUUCAAAAGUCUAUGACAAGCAGCAUGUGGACGCAUCAGCUGAAGUAGAGGAUACACAAAAGAAACUGAAGCAGCUUACUGGAGGGUCAACGGUGGGGGCCAACGAUGUCGAUGAUCUGCGAUUUCUGGCAGUGACUGCAUUAUCAGUUUACUCUUUAGACAUCGGAUCUGUUUUUUGCUUUGUGGUUACUGCAAGCUCCAACGCAAUACUGAAGCUCCUUGGAAUGAAUCUCACAACGAGGACUUGGGUGGAAGUAGCUGUCUUGGAGCACCACACAGUACCUGUAUUAGCAUUACAACAUCUAGUUGUUCCAAUGGAAGGUGGUCGCCAGAAUAUGUAUCUCAUUAUCAGUGGUGCCACUGAUGGUUCAAUCGCCGUUUGGGACAUAACAAAUUUAGUUGUUACGUUCACACGACAAAUGGUGUCAGGAAUGCAGAGUCUGACGUCUAGCACAGGAAUUCAGUUGCGUCCACGCACUGGGCGAGGCAGUCAGGGUGGCAGACGCUCCCGAUCGAAAAAGCAACGGCAAGCGGGGCUAUCUCGAGAUAAAAAGAAUUUAGAAGCUAGUAAAAAUGUUGUGGAAAGAGAAUUUGAUGUUGUCAGUCCGAAUAAUGAUGUUGCUAAGGAGAAACUAAACACCACUGAAGGUGCAGUAGCUGACUCCAAGGCAGAUAUUGGAGCUGCAGUUCCAGUGGAAGAUCUGUCGAAGGCAACUGAAAGCUUCACUUAUCAAUCUUCCGUACUUUACCCUCUUUGCACCUUUACUGAAGCACAUCAAUCUGGAGUAAAUUGCUUAAGCGCAGCAACAGUAAUAGGGAAAAGAGAUUCUGAGGUUGUCGUGGUUAGCGGUGGAGACGAUCAAAGCCUACACGUGCUGAGGUUUGAAUUAAUUGAAGAGAAGCUUCAUGAAUGUGCCCCAACCAAAGGAUCUUCUGGAGAUGACGUGAAUGUUUCGGCGACAUCUAGUGCAGAGAGUUUACUAGCUCGAGGAGACUCGGCACCAAAGGUGCAGUUGGCUAUCAAUUCCACAUAUCGGGUUUCUGUGCAUGGAGCCCAUAGUUCAGCUGUGAAAGGUAUAUGGACGGAUGGUGCUUGGGUAUUUAGCACAGGCCUGGAUCAACGGCUACGAUGUUGGCGUCUCAGUGAUAUUGCAACUUACUGCGAGUCUUCUACAGCAUUUAGGGAUACGGAGGAUUCUAUUGAUAAGAGCUUAUCAUCGUCCCCAUCAUUAUUGGAAUGCUAUCUUUGUGUUAUUGACGUACCUGAAGCGGAGAGUUUGCAUGUAGAAUCAGUUCCAAUCAGGGGGCAAUAUUGCAUAUCAGUCGUUGGGAGAGGCUUACAAGUAUUUACUUUUGCAACAAAAACGUAAUCAAAUGUCCACUCAUUUGCGACAGUUCAACCAUUUGUGGGACACAUGGCGAAUGUGGAGUAACCCUGAUAUUUUAUAUGAAAUGCGACUUUUGCACAAGUCAUCACAAUUCCACCUGUGAGUUCCACGCCUUGUCAAAAUUUAGGAGAAAUACUAUACACUUAUGCGGCAUUUCUCUGGGUUUGUGUAACUUAGUUGAUGCUAGUAGUCAACUUCUAAACCUGCACCUAGAGUAGUGUUGAGCUUUUAGCAAUGUGUCUCAUCUUUAAAUUGGUCACGCAGGUUUGGAAAUUCGAUGAUGAAUUCUUUGUAGCUCUUGCUUACCGACCUGUAUACAAUGUACGCAAUUCAAAAUUCUCUCUGCAAAAUAGACAGAACUAUGCGAGGCCAGUAAAUGACAACUGCAUUGAUUUGAUGCACUACCAUGCUAUGUAUCAGUUGUCAAACAUCACAUUACUCGAUCUCACCAACAUUCGUGGGAAGUAGAGUAAGAGAAUUUCUUUUGAGAAAAUUCAUGAGGUAUAAUGUUACAUGCAUUGAUUUGAUUCACUAUUUAACAAUGCUGAUGCAUUGUUUUGACUCUCUAUCAAUUGUGAAAUCAAUAGUAAUUUAAAGAGGUGUUGAUGCGUGUGUUAAUUCUUUAA